UUUGUUCUACAAACAUAGAUACUUAUCAUAGAUUAUUAAAAAAUUAAUUUAGGAAACGUAAGAAGCGGAACGACUGCAUAUAUUAAGAAAAAUAGAUGAAUAACAGAGACGUUUUAAUGUUUUAUGUAUUUUUAAAAACAUUAAUGUCUUGUAACAAUUAGUGCAACACAUUAAUAAAAAAAAAGAUAAAGCGCGCGUAAAAGUGAAUUUGAACUCUAUGGACAGAUUUGAAAAAAGAACAGUGACGUAUGUUUAAAAAGUGAUGUAGUUUUUUUAAAUCUGUUUGGACAUUCAAUAUGGAGAUAUGGGUAUGGAUGGUGCUUAUGUUUUACGGGAGCAAAGCUGCAGUGCUGCCUCCUCCAUGGGCAGAUGUGCAGAGGAAUCCUUGUGCAACGCAUCCUCGCGGUUGGUUGAUGCUCUAUUGGCCGAAUGAUGGGAAAUGUUACACUAUUUACAAGAAAGGUCAUCCAUGCCCAGACACUCAAGAGCUGAGCCCAGGUCGUCGAGGUUCGAUGACGGUGGCAGAAUGCAAGUGCCCUCCCGGCACCGCCCAGCUGCCGCACACGACGACAUGUCACAAGCUCUUCGAGAGAGGCCCUUGUAGGAAAGGCGAGUACUUCGCACCAGUCGAGGAGUCAUUCAAAAAGAGAGGUGAACGCCAAGGUAUAUGCGUGAGGCCGAAGCAAUGUGCUGAUGAGACCUUGCUCUACUGGCCUUCAGAUGACCGAUGUUACUACCGGAUGUCACAGGGCCCUUGCUUUCCAGGCGCCAUAUUGGAUGUCGGGAAAGAUGGCCUGGCUAAUUGUACGUGUGAAAAGAAUGGUCCAAACUACUGGCCCGUAGAUGGUAACUGCUACUCCCACUACACGAGAGGGCCGUGUGAAAGGGGACAGUUGUUCCUGCCUGGAGCCAAGUGUGGUUGUGAACCGCAUCUACCGCAUUAUCAUAAUGAGACUGAAGGAUGUUAUGAAUUAGAUACGAGCGGGCCGUGUCCCAAGGGCCACACGUUCUCGCUAGCUCAGUCGGGCGCGAGCCGCCGUGCGCAGUGCACGUGCCGCGCGUUCCAUGCGAGAGCCGCGGAUGGCGCGUGCUAUAGAUUGUAUACACGUGGUCCGUGUGCGCAUGAUGAGAUGCUGGCGAGGGAUGGGAGGUGUACUAAGGUGCCAUGCGGUCGCGGUAGACUAUACUAUCCCACCCGGCGUCGCUGCUAUCGCCCCGGAGCAGCUGAACCCUGUCCCGUGGGAGAAGUGUUGUCUUUUGACUUUGAAGCUCGCCCCGCUGUAGAUGGGAUUAGCCAUAAUGGGGUGUGUGCUUGUGGACCGGGAGGACUGUGUGUGAGGAAGAAGGUGAUAACAUGUCUCUCACGUCCCGGGGCCGUAAUAUUCGCGAACACGUGUCACAUUCUCCACACACAAGGCCCUUGCCCCACUGGAUCUUGGCUCGUUAGAGAUACACUUGGCAAGGCCAAGUGUCAGUGUCGACCUGACACUAAGUGUGACAGUUGACACUUUAUAAAUUAGACACACCAAAGCUGAAGAAGAAGAUUCAAGAAAAAGAAAAAGAAAAAGUUUCAAACUGACUUUAGGUGUAACAGUUGACACUUGGACAUUUUUUAAAGUGUGAUUUCAUUCGGAACUUUUAUGAAUAAUUAAUAAUGGCCUUGAUAGAUUAAAAUAUUGCCAUUUUAAGAAAAUAUAACAAUUCUGUUCAAAGUAUUGCCAGUGUUUAAGAAUUGUAUUGAUUUUACUAUUCUUGCUAAAAGUUUGACAGACUCUAGCUUGGAAGAUAUUGCCCAAUUGAAAAAAAAAAUGAUGAUAAUGGGCUGAAUUGAAAAAAACCUGCCAUUCAAAGAAAAGAUGUCAUUUUCCUAUUGAAUAAAGCUCAUAUAUGGCGUAUACAGAAGGCAACGAAUGUUAAUGAAUAAAAUAUAAUGAAGAAGGCAACGAAUGUAAAUAAAAUAUGAUGUUAUUGAGUUUUUUUUAAUGGAGUGAAAUUGUGAAAAAUAUGAAUUUAAUUAAAGACAGUGCCAUGAGAAUCUCAGUAAAUAAUAUAGGGUGUUAUUUUAAGUGAUGAAAGUGUGAACAUAUCAUUAAUUAAUUAUUUGUUUUAAUAAAUUUUUUAUAUUAGUUUGAAUGAUGAGAAUGUAUUUAUAAUAGUGUUGUGCAUAUUAUUUUUGGAGACAUUUACAGUAUUUUAAUUGUAUUAAAGUAAGAAAUUUUGAAAUAAAAUACUUUAAAAGAA